AAGUGGCUGGAUUCGUAAAUCGGGAGCACACGAGCGCGCUCGCCCGCUCCUUCCUUCCAGUUUCCUUUUCGCUGCUUGCGUAGACGUGCACGUUUUAUCGCACGGAAACGCGCGACAGCCCUUCUUAGGAUAGUACCUUCGAGUAUCUAUCGAGAUCGUAGCUUCUACACUGGGACACAUCCAAUUGCAUCUACGAUAACUUUGAAUUCGCAUUCUUUUUGACGAGGCAAAUGAUCUGUCAUUUCUUGAAAAGAUGAUUUUUUACAAAGAAAAGGCUCGAAUCAUCGAGCUCCAAUGUCGACGAAGAAGAAUAGAAAGUGAGGAAGGCGUGGAUGGCUCUUGGACAAUCGAAUCGAUAUCAUCCUCAUCGUCGUCGUCGUCGUCGUCGUCCUCAUCGUCGUCGUCGUCGUCGUCGUCGUCGCCGUCGUCGUCGUCACUAUCGAUGUCGUUGUAAUUUCAUUGGAAAAUUUUAAAAAAUUGAACAAAUGGAUGGUCGAUCGAGAAUAACGAUCGAAAUGAUUUUCGUCGUUUGAAAAUCAGCGUGAUAACGGCAAGUGAGAGAACGAACGAAAUUUUGAAAAUGAGCUUCUUCAAUUCUCUUCAACAAUACGUGAGCGAUAGUGUGGCGAGCUUCAGCCUCAGCCCUAAGAGAUUCUCCUUCAGUCGAGAGGACUCUGCUAGUACGACAGGUAGAAGCGGCUCGAGCGGAAGCAUAGUCAACGACAAUUCGAGUGCACAUCAAUCGACUCCUCAUGGUUUUCCCAAGGUGGUGCCACCGCCAGGGACAACGGUCUCUUCAUCCUCACAAGCUCGUUCACUUUCGAGGAGACGUACUUUUGAUUGCACUGUCCCGUCAGGACUGAGCGUUCAUCCUGUCGCCGCAGCCGCAGCCGCUGCAAGUGAUGGCUCGGUUUGUGGUCCUGUUUGCGGUCAGAGUUGUGGAAGUUCCCCCUCGCCUCGAAGAGUCGGUUCCUUUCGUCGAAGUACCGCCGGUGCGAGUACCGAUCGACCACCGCUCAUGUUUUGCCGUCGCAGACCGUCUUGGCCAGAAUUCGACGUACAAGCCACUUCUGGCGUUCAAGAAACCGAUGGCUCCUUCUUCGAGAGUUUCACCGCGUUAUCUUGGAAACAAGAGAAUCGCAGACUGGUGGCUCUUCAGGAAGUCGAAGCUCGAGCUAAGGAUCCUCCACCAUCAUCCGGAGAGGCCAACAUAAAUUCCUUCCACUCUCGUCGACUUAACAAAGAAGAGAUCGAGAAACUAUACGUUGAAGUUCUUUAUACGAUCGCGAAUACGGUCGGAGCAAGUACGGGUCAGUACGCUCACUAUAAAGAGGACCUUUAUGGGUAUGCGCAGGAAGCGUUUGGUAUACCACAGGAUCAACAUCGACGAUACCUCGAUAUUGCCUCAAAAGAGAAGCCUCCUAUCGUGGUCCUAAGUGUAAUAGUUAUCGAAGCUGAAGGACUAGAGGCGAAGGACGCUAACGGUUUCAGCGAUCCAUAUUGCAUGUUGGGUAUACAACCUGGUAAUACAAGUGCACCACUGAGCCCCCAAACGAAUCUGUCAGCUCAUUCUCCUCAUACACCUCCAGCUUCACCAAGACAAACGGCUCGAGCCUUAUCCGAUGGAGGUGAGAACGAUAACUCGCAUCACGAAAAGCUUCGAAAACAUCAUAGUUUCAGGCUAUCAUUCAAGCGCAAAGAGCAUACUAGCAGACGAGAACACCGUGAAUCCUUUAGCGGAGCGGUUCCUGCCAAGUUUAUACGUGCUACCACAGUGAAACCGCACACACUGAGUCCGCAAUGGAAAGAAAAAUUUCGCUUCGACAUCGACGAUAUCAGCACGGAUAUCUUGCAUCUCGAUAUAUGGGACCACGACGACGAAUCCUCGGUAUUCGACGCCGUUAGUAAAUUGAACGAAGUGCGAGGUGUUAAGGGUCUUGGUCGAUUUUUUAAACAAAUUGCACAAAGUGCCCGUUCCGGUAGUCAAGAUGACUUUUUGGGCUGCGUGAAUGUUCCGCUUCAGGAUAUUCCAAGCACAGGCUUGGAACGUUGGUAUAAACUCGAAGCAAGAACACAAAGGAGCAACAUUCAAGGUAGAAUCAAAUUAAAAUUGUGGCUAUCCACACGAGAAGACAGAGGAACAUCCGAAGAAGAUAAUUGGGCUGAGCUUAGACAGCAAGAAAGACUUUAUACCAUUUUCCUCGAUCAUGAAAUGAACAAACAAGGGGAAGAUUUCACAGGUGAGUUACCCCAAACAGCACUGACAAUUCUUCAUCAGCAUGCUGUGCAAGGUGAUGUCACAGAAUUGCAGCAGGCAUUGAUCAAAUGGAUCGCUAGUUCGAAACAUCCGGCUGUCGAUUCGAAAGUUCUCCAUCGUCUUCUUCAGGAAAUAGAUAACCUAUGGCAUUUAAAAACGACGGAAACAUUAUCGCGAGACGAAGAACAGUCUCUGGCAGAUUCUUUCAAUAAUUUUUUAGAAGUAGCACUCAGAAAGAUUCAACAACAUCGUACGUUAUAUCCGCCAUUACAUCGAUUAUCGAUCUCUAAGCUUGACAAUCUCCUAAGAUGUUUAGGUCUUUUAUCGAAUAUGAAAGCUUUUUGGGCAUGCUGUCCCUUUAACAAAGAAAUACGAGGAGAAAUUAUAACAGCCCUUAGAAAGGGAACUCACGAGUGGUACGAAGAUGUGCGACAUCAAACUAUGUAUCAUGAUCAGGAACCUGAUCAAGAUGCGGAUCGCGUCUUGCAAGACUUUACAAAUUUAGUCACGGCACUGUUAGUAGAUUUGGAACAGGGUCGUAUGUAUUAUAAUAGUCUCUUUGAAAGUACAAAUGGUGUACCAUAUUUUUCAGCUGUUUAUAAACAGUUGGAAAAACUGCUGGCGGAACACGUGGCGAAACACAUGGAGAACACUUCCGAGAUUCAAAAUGAACUCGGUGCAAGAGUCACCACCGCUUGUCUCCAAAUUCAUGGACAAAAUAGAGACGAAGAUUACGUAUUACCACCUGGUGCAGAAAUAGGGACACCUAUUUUUGAGUUAUAUCUAGCAUUGCAAGACUUCGUGAGUAUGAAGGAAAAGUUACCAUUAUCUGAUCAGAAAACUCUGAUAAUUUGCAAUUAUUACGAAUGGUUCAAACCGGCUAUUGACAAGUGGUUGGAUCUUGCAAAGUUAAAAGCAAUUCAGAGAAUCAGAAAAGCGGCAGAAUUGGAUCGAAUUUGUACAGGUGAUUUUAUAGUGAAGCAUUGUACAUCUGCAAUUGAUGCAACUGCAUGCUUUUAUCAGAUCAAAGAGUUUUGGAAGAAAUUAGCAUGGCCAGAUUUUAUCGGAUCGUAUAGUUUCGUAUUGAAAGUCAUCGAUGCUAUCUGCAGUCCUGCUGCUUAUUAUGCUGAAAUAACCCACCAAAAAUUAGCUGAGAGUGGAUAUUAUGAAGAACAAACACCAUAUAAAACCACAGACGAGGUAAUCGUUCAGAUGUGCGUCGCUAUAAAUGGUUUAGAAUAUGUAAGAAGAUGGUUAUUAAAUCUAGGAGAAGAACUUCACGUUGAGAAACUUCUCACAGCUUUGGAGAAUCAAGCUGGAGAUUCUGCUCGAGCACAAUGGAGAAAUGCUUUGACUUUACCGUUGGAACAAGCGCCUGGACAAAUGUUACUCUUCAUUAAUCAAAUUGUUUCAAGAAUCGGCACAAAGAUGAGACCAUCUUUGAAAAAAUCCAUGUUUCAUCUUGCUUGGUCACCCGACAGUUUGCCCACGUCAGAAGCAAUCACACCUUUAUUGGAAUAUUUGGAUGUACAUUUGGUAGCUCUUAAUUCGUCUCUUUUAGCUGUCAAUUUUACGCGUGUCUUACAAGACGUUUGGGAGGUCGUUCUUAAUGAAUUGAGCAAUCAAAUGGAUGGAAAUGCAGGAGACAAACCAGCUAUGUUUUAUGAAAGAUUGUACGAAGCGCUCGAUCUAUUGAUCAAAUUCUUUCAUGCGGAUGAGAAGGGUCUAUCUUUAGGGGUACUACGUAGUCCGAGCUUUUUAAAUGUAGAAGAACGCUUGCAAUAUCAUAAAAUGGAUACGACUUUUCUCAUUAACCGUUACUAUCGUCAACGACUUCAAGACCAAAUGAAUACCAUGACAUCAGAGUAUGGUGUUUUGACAGUGAGAGCAUAUCUGAAUCACGAUUCGCUUUGUGUGGAAGUGAUAAAUGCUAGAGACGUAAUACCGUUAGAUCCGAAUGGUUUUAGCGAUCCCUUUGUAAUAAUCGAAUUGUUGCCACGAAAAAUUUUCGAACAUUGUGCUGAACAACAAACCAACGUUAAGAAAAGAACUUUAAAUCCAAUGUUCGAUGAAUGUUUCGAAUUUUCCGUAAGCGUGGAACAGUGUCAAAGUCCUGAUGCUAUAGUCCUAUUCACCGUAAUGGAUCACGAUGUACUCACAGCGAACGACUUUGCUGGAGAAGCAUUUUUGGGAUUAAGCACGAUACCCGGUGUAGCUGACACUAAUACUAGUAUAGAUAAUUUUCAUGGCCUCAAACAUACAGAAUUACCGUUAAUGCACCAAAAAAAUCGAAACCAUCCAAUUCUUCAAAUUCUAGAAACAAGAGUCGGCGAUAAAUUAGCCCUCGACUUCGUAAAAAAACAGAAACAACGAUUCGCCACGGCAUAAAAAAACGUGGCAUCAUUAUAAUGAAUAAAAUCAAAUGCACAGAUUAACAAUGGUUGAAAAAUCAACGAGAAGGAAGAACCAUAGCUCGUUAAAUCUUCUCCGAAUAUUUAACGCCAAGUUCCAAUUCCUGUGUAAAUCGUGUUGAAUUUAAUCAAUGUUGAUAGGAGCGGUCAAGAAAAAUAGCAACGAGAAAAUUCAAAAUUAUUUUUCUGUUAGAAACGGAUUUAUAAGAACGAAAAAUGUUGGAAAGGAAAAUAGAAAUAUGUCUGUGUGAUGUAUUUAACGGUAAAUGUUUUAAAAUUAUCGCCCAACUCGGAACGAUUCGUCGAAUUCGGAACGAUAUAAAAAGAAAAGUCUCGUCUCGUCUCGUCUCGUCUCGUCUCGUUUCGUUUCAUCUGGUCUUGUCGUAAUGUUGGCUCGGUAUAUGUACAAUGUAUAUAUGUACCUAUGUUCUUUCAAAUCGCUGCUAAAAGAUCGAUUUUAUUCUCGAAAUAUUUCUCGAUAUGUCUCGACCUAUUUUGCAUAGCUUCGAGAAAAUACUAAGCCAGUAAAAGAUGAUCGAUAUACAAGAAUAUUUUUCUUACACGUCGUCGGCCAAUACAUCUAACUUAUUCUAUCUUCUCGUCGCCACUCUAAUUCUUGAAUAUUAUCUCGGUAAACAGUGGCGUGUUUACUAAGAAUGUCGAAAGGUUAUUCUGUCGCAAAAAGGAAAUGUGUCAUCGGUAACACAUUCUAAUAACACAACGUCUUAGCACGAUCCUUUCUAAAUCAUGCGAUUCGAAUCUUUGAAUCGCGCCUUUAGUACAAGGUGUUACGCCUAAUUUCAUUUGCUCGAACAAUCUCUACUUUUCCUACUCUCUUUGCGACUUUGUCAACGCAACGUUUGAUGUUGAAAAGUAGAUAUUUUGCGUAACGAUUGGAAAAAUUAGAAAUACAUAUAAUGUAUGGUAUUAUGAAAAUUAAAGAAGAAGAGAAAAAAAAACAAAAGGAAAAGAAGGAAGGAAAAAAAAUGAAAGCGAAACUAAUCUCAAGCGCACACACGUCAAUUUUUUCUAAUGCACGUAUCACUUUGCGCCUCCCUGUGUAUCUUAUACAUACAAACGAUGAGGAUAUUAUGUAAAACACUUUACAUCUGAUGCGCCUUAUAUCAAAAGCAAAGGUUAAGUAAAUAGAUAUAUAACAUAUGUUUGAACCUGGAUAAACUUCGUGCAUCGAAUCCAAUCGAACUUCUAGUAUAUUUUGCUUUUUCAAACCACCAAAAACGUAUGUACAAUCUAUCUUGUAUCGUGAGACAAAUAAAUGAUAUAUAUGUAUAAACAUUAGUAUCUAAUGACCAACUGCAACAACAACAACAAUAACAAAAGCAAAAAAAAAAGAAAAGAAAUAAUAAUAAGUUAUGGCAUUUCCUCAGGAAUUUUGGAAUUUGUGGGCGAACUAUCGUUCUUAAUUAAUAUUGGUUGAUUAAUGCAUGUAUUGUCCUCAGUAUGUAUAAUUGGUUCACCAUCUAAUUUUUCCAGAUGAGGCAGACGUCGAGCAACUUCCAAUCUCCAUUGAUCCACCUAAAAUAAAUUAUACGUAACUUAUAAUUGAUAUUUUUCCUAUGUACCUAGAUUGUCAUCAUUGUCAUGCUCGUAGGAUUUUAUGGCUACCUCAAGGCUAUCGUAUAAUGGAUUUCCAACAAAGGAUAAAUCUCGGAUAUUUGUAAGUUCUUGCAAUUUGCCAAAUUCGAUCCAAUCUCUCACCAAAUUAUUAGACAUAUAUAAUGCUCGAAGAUUUUUCAUUGCGCUAAUACCUUUCAUUUUUUCGAUAUAAUUGUAGGAAAUCCAAAGUUCCUCUAAAGUAUCACCAAGUGAUUCAAGACCUGAAAAGCUUUUCACCACGUUACGACUCAACGACAAGAUCUUUAAGUUUUUCAAUGUUCCAAUUCCUACAAAAUAAUUCAAUUUAUUUUGUAUAUAUAUAUAUAUACAGGUGAGAGUUUAUAUAUAUAUAUAUAUAUUUAUAAACUCUCACCUGUUAUCUUUUCGAUCAUAUUCGUCGACAAAGAUAGUCUUUCACAUCCAGUUAAACACGCCAAAGAGUUAUCCAUCUUUUCAAUAGGAAGCCAUUGAAAGCUUAAAAUAACUUCUUUUGCAGUCGCAGGAUCCUGUUUGUUUUCUUCCUCCCAACGUCGUAUCGCUUCUUUACAAGUCGUUGCUUUGACGACUGCCAUUUCUUCUUCGUACUUAAAUUUCUGAUAUACUUCUUAUCAUUUAUAAAAAAAAAAAAGAAAAAAGAGAAAGAAACAAGUAAACGAUAAGAACAAAGAUAGAUAAAAAAAAGAAAAUAAAGGAUAAAAUUUGGAUUUGUCCUGUACAAGAUAAUGAUCGGAGUAUUCGUAAAGGUAUCUAAGAAACAAUCAAUGUAUCUACUUUCUUAUGCGCACGCCUAUUUCUGAUUAUACGAAAGAUGCCCACAAACAUAUGUACUUACGUACAACGUUUAUCUGCCGUUGAUGAUGAUGAUAAUAAUGAUAAAAUUGUUCGAUAUAAUAAUGAAAAGGACCACAAUAGGAAAGGCAGUUAUAUAAAAGACUCGUUAAAAAUUCUUAAAGAAUAACGGACACUUUAUUGCAUAUAGAUAUAAAAAGAAAAGUGUCAGAAUAGUUAAAUCUUAUCGAGGGUCUCAACGACUUGCCUAUAUUUGUGCGAUCGACAAAUAUGUUCCUCUAUUUAAUUUAUGAUAUCCCUCACAAAAUCAAAUGAAAUUAAUAAAUCGAAUGAAAUAAAAUAAUAAAUGUAGAGAAAAGAAAAAUGUACCCUUCGUUGUACAUCUCGUUUUAUAUUUAUUAACGCGUCGCUUUAUGUCGGACGCUUCUAAAUGUUAAUCCAUAAGGAUGGAUUUGAAUUACGACCGGUGCAGAUAAAAGCGAUUACUUUCGUAUGAAAAUCAGGGUGACUUUUUUCAAUCGAUCGUAGAUAAAUCCAACACACAUAUCGAUCAAACAUCUUUGUAAGAACGACAUGGUGGUGGUGGCGCACUCCAUAUUCCAUUCUCUCGACAAGUUGGUUUUCUGACAGGUUCCAAAGGUGUAACAUAGCCAGGAGAACAUGUCACCUGCAUAUCAAAUUUUAUAUAUAUAUAUAUAUACAUCUAUCAUUUCAUUUUUUUCCUCAAUAUCGAGUAUACGUUACAGAUAUCGAGAAAUUUUAAACGCUUGAAAAAAAAAAAAAAGAAAUUAGACCAUCGAUA